GCAGGAGGAGCAGCAGGAGGAGGAGGUCUGAUGGGGAACUCGUGUGCCGGCCAGCUGCGGAUGGCCCGCUUCCAGGAGGUUCUCCACUACUCCAUCGAGGCGUCGCUGCGGUCCAGCACUGUGGUCCCCCGGCCCGUCUUCUCCCAGCUCUACCUGGAGACAGAGCCCCUCGCUCCCCCCAACGGUCGUCUGGAUGCAGAUGAUGAAGACGACGAAGACGAGGAGAAUGGCUCUGAGUCCAGCCCCCCCACAGUGCCCUACCAGAAGAAGCCCCCUCCGGAGGGAUGCUGCACCACAGACGGUUUCUGCCAGGCGGGUCGAAGCGUCCGUCUGUCCUCCCUGUCCACGGACCCCCUGGACGUGCCCCCGGGGUUCCUCCUGGUGGGGGUCAAGUCCUCCCAGGUCCCAGACACCCUGCUGGUGUGUGUGGUGGACAGCCGCUUCCUGCCCGACGAGCAGGGGCGCAACGCACUGCUGGGGUUUUCGGGAAACUGCGUGGGCUGCGGGGAGAAGGGCUUCCGCUACUUCACCGAGUUCGCCAACCACAUCAACCUGAAGCUCAGCACGCAGCCCAAGAAACAGAAGCACUUAAAGCACCUCCUGCACCGGAACGGCCAGGGAACCCUGGUCCGCGGGCCCGCCAUCUGCUGGAGGGGACACGGACCUCAUGUUGACCCCAUGGGUUCUCACAUCGACCCCGUCGCUCCUCCACCAUUGGCCGACGCACCCCCGGCCAUGACCAAUGGCAACCAUGCUCUGCCUCCCUCAGCCAACCAGCCGCCCAGCACUCGCUCGGGGCCCGGGAGACCCACGUCUAUUGGUCUCCAUGCCAACGCCGGACCCCCAAAGAAGAGACACAAGGGCUGGUCUCCGGACUCUGCCGCCCCGACACUGGUCGAGCACCCCUUGAAGACCCCUCCCUCCUCCUCUUCCUCCAACCCCUCCUCCUCUUCAACAGCAGCGGCGCUACCGUCGGCGCAUCCGGCGCCUGCCUUGCUCAACGGCAGCGGCCAGCGGCUAGAAGCCUUGGCCCCGCCCACCGUGCCUCAGGGGUCCCUCCUGUCCCUCCCCUCCCACGGGGCGUCCGUCACAGUGCCUGAUCACCUGCUGCAGACCUGCAGACUACAGCCGGUCAUUUUCAACGGCCACGGCCCCCUGCCCCAGCUGUGUGGCAACGUGGGCGAGGUGCUGGUGAGCUCCCUGCUGCAGACCUGCUACCUGAGCUCCCAGACGCUGCCCCGAAUCUACCAGCACUACGGGCCCUCGCCCAUCCAGCCGCUGUCCACCGAGAUGCAGAUCCUGCUCACCGUCUACUACCUGGUCCAGCUGGGUCCGGACCAGGUGCCUCUGGUGGAGGACCUGGAGCAGAUCUUCAUGAGGUCCUGGAGGGAGUCCCACCUCAGUGAGAUCCGCCAGUACCAGCAGCCGGGCCCCGCCCACCCUGACCGGCUCUACGGCAUGGAGACCCCGCCCUCCAUGCCGGGCAUGCCCCCGCUCCCCUCGCUGCCCCCCCACAGCCAGCAGUCCCUGAGCCCCAGCCAGCUGCCCUGGCUGGCCCAGCUGGCCGCCUCGUCCUGCGGGGAGGGGGUCCUGGUCCUGGGGGAGAGCGAGGGCUCCCUGGCCCAGGGCCUGACCCAGACCUUCAGCCGGCUGCUGGAGGGCCAGCUGGCCAGCACCAACUACGUGGUCAUCAUCGUCACGGCCGUCGGCCAGGAGACGCAGUCCUGUGUGGUUGUCACAGGUAAGCACCAGUGCCGAGCCGUGGCGGAGAGCAUGUACUCCCCCAGCGAGGGCCUCAGAGAGAUGGACCAGCAGCUGUCCUCCGGGCUGGCCCAGGACCUGGCCCAGUACUGCAGCUCUCUGGGACCAGACAGCGACAUGGACUCCCUGCUGGGAAGCAUCUCUCUGGACAGCCUGCAGCCCUCUUCCCUAUCUAGCAGCCAGGAGUCCCUGGAGAAGAGCCCCCCAGGGCCGGGCAAGGACGCGCCCAGCCCCAAAGACACCGACACCCCCAGCCCUAAACAACUGGGCACUCCCAGUCCCAAGGAAAGGGGCACCCCAAGCCCUAAGGACACGGGCACCCCCAGUCCUAAAUACAAGGGCACCCCGAGUCCUAAAGACGCAGACACCCCAAGCCCGAAGCACAUAGGCACCUCCAGCCCUAAGCACCUGGGCGACCCCAGCCUCAAAGACACUGGGACCCCCAACUCGAUAGACACAGGCACCCCUAGCCCCAAAGACUCGGGGACCCCCAGCCCUAAAGACAGGGACACCUGCUCAGGUGAGAGGACUUCUGCUUCUCAAAAAGGCCACAAAUACAAUUGUGUGUGUGUGUGUGUGCUCUCAGAGUACCAGGUGGAGUGGCGGGCGGUGCGUCCCAUCCAGCUGGCCGUGGCCCGGAAGCUUCUCUCCCACGUGUGCGCCAUCGCCGACUCCAGCACGCAGAACCUGGACCUGGGCUCCUUCGACCGCCUCAGCUUCCUGAUCUGCGUGCCCCCCUCGGAGGUCACCUUCCAGCAGACCCUGCUACACCUCCGCUACUCUGGUGUGCUCCAGGAGAUGGGUGGUGUGGACCAGGAGGUGGUGUCUCCCUGGGAGGCGGAGCGCUACGUGGUCAAGAUGGACCACAGCGCUGCCGGGCGCAUCGAUGACCUCGUCCGUGAAGCACGCAGCAACUCCUACACCCUCUACAUCCUGGUGCACGACCACGCCCACUGGGACGUCACCAGUGGGUCCUACUUCAGUGUGGAGCGUGGGGAGGGGCUGGUGGACCAGCUGCUGAACUCCAGGCAGGUGACGGAGGCGCCCAACGUGCUGAUCCUCCACGUCACCUCGUUCCCCUUCGCCCUGCAGACGCAGAACACACGCAUCAGCCCCUACAACGAGAUCCACUGGCCCUCCGCCUUCAGCAACGACGUGGACCUGUACCACGAGAAGACGCGCUACCUGGGAGUGUCUGAGCUGCUGGAGUCCACCCGGCUAGGGAGCAGUCUGCCCCUCAUGAGAUACGACUCGUCCUUCGAGAGCAUGACCUCCGCGCUGGAGGACAGGUUCCCUAAGCUCCACAGCGCGGUGAUCCGCACCACCGUCCUGGUCCAGCACUACUGCGUGGCCCUGAUGGCCGCGUCGGGGCGUCUCCACAGCGCCCAGAACCACCUCCACAAGCACACCUCCGUGGAAACCCUGGAGAUCGUCCAAUCGCUGAUCGGCGCCGGGCGCCGGUGCCCCGCCCACCACGGCCCCAUGGUGCUGCUGCGGAUCCCCUCGCUGGCCCUCGCCGCCUGGGCCCAGCGCCGGCUGGCGGACGUGCGGCGGCGGCUGGGGCUGGAGGACACCUUCGAGAUCAUCCUGGGGAACCCCGGGCAGCCGCUGAGCGUGGGACACACCUUCACCGAGCGCAUCAAGUCGUGGCUGGAGAUCCAGGACGUUGGCUGGGUGCCCGGGACCUACCUGGAGCUGGAGGGCCUGCCCUGCAUACUCAUCCUCUCUGGGGCUGAACCUCUGGGGGAGUCCCUGCCCAGGUCGUUAAAAUAUUGCGACCUGCGCGUCAUAAGCUCCUCCUACCUGCAGCGGACCACCCUGGAGCAAGAGUUGGGAUUGGCCGCCUACCUGGUGAGGGCGGAGUCUCGGCCCCCCCACGACCCCGGACCAGGAAGUGACCUCCUGGAGAGCGACGCGGACAAGCUGAGCAGCACGGACAACGAGGAGGAGGAGGCGCCCGACACCGGUACGAAGAGACCCCUGUGGACCCCCAGAUGGGACCCCCUCAAAGGUUCUCCUCAACCCUCCAGCGCCGGGGCCCCAGACGCGGCCCCCGCCCAGGAGACCACGCCCCCCCACCCCCGGGGGCCAGCUCCGGACCCCUGCCAGCCCUACCCCCACCCGACCCCCCAGCGACACCUACAGCACCCCCAGUCUCAUCCCCACCCUCCUCCACCUCCCUCCUCCUCCUCCUCCUCCUCCGGGCCCUCCCCCCUCCUCCCCCAGUCCCAGCCUCACCCUCACGCCCCUCCUACUCCCUCCUCCUCCUCCUCCUCCUCUGGCCCCUCCCCCCUGCUCCCCCCUCCUCGCUCCCAGCGCCCGCCCUCCAAGUCCACCUCCUCGGACUCCCUGUCGCCCCGCUCCUCCUCCUCCCCGGCCCAGAGCUGCUCCUGGGCCCGGGGCGUCAGCCGGCCCCCCUCCGUGCUGCUCCCCCGAGCCCUCUAUGACAUCAUCACCGCCAGCGACGGCAGUGGGCUCCCACGAUGCACCUCUUUCCUGCCGCACAUGUCGGUCGCCUGGGCCAGCAGCUUCAGGCCCCUGCUGAGCAAGAUGAUGACGUGCACGGAGCAGUCCCUGUACUACCGCCAGUGGACCGCUCCACGUGCAUACCACAUGGACCGCACCAACCGCACCGAGGGGCGCAGCGACAACUUCCACCCCCGCCGGCUGCUGCUGAGUGGACCGCCCCAGGUGGGUAAGACGGGGGCGUACCUGCACUUCCUGGGCAUCCUGUCCCGCAUGCUGAUCAGACUGAUGGAGGUGGACAUCUACGAUGAGGAGGACAUCCACUGCAGUGCGCAUGUGGAGGGCGUGCAGUACCACCCAGCCGGGACCCCCUGGCCCAUCCCGGAGGUCAUGAGGUCGAUGCCCUUCGACUACACCGUCCACGACCCCAAAUACGACGACGUCAGCAACGUGUACUGCCCCGGGCACAAGCCCAGCGCUGAUGCUGAGCCGCCGCGGCAGGAAGACGUGUACCUGCGCCGGCGUACGUCCCGGAUGAAGCUGUCCAAGCACGCGGCCUACAACACCUACCACCACUGUGAGCAGUGCCACCAGUACAUGGGCUUCAACCCCCGAUACCAGAUGUGCGAGUCCUCGCUGCACACCUUCACCUUCUCCCACCUGCAGCUGGGAGACGAAAUCCAGCUCUUCUUCAUCAUCCCCAAGUCCAAGGAGCACUACUUCAGCUUCAGCCAAUCAGGAGGCCAGCUGGAGAGCCUCAGACUGCCCCUCACCUCCGAAUGGAGCCCCGACUGCAUCAAGAGCCCCAUCUUCAUGCCCACCACGGGGCGCCACGAGCACGGCCUGUUCAACCUGUUCCACGCCAUGGACGGCGCCGCUCACCUCCACAUCCUGGUGGUCAAGGAGUACGAGAUGCCCGUCUACAAGAAGUACUGGCCCAACCACAUCAUGCUGGUCCUGCCCAGCGUCUUCAACGGAGCCGGCAUAGGUGCCGCCCACUUCCUGAUCAAGGAGCUGUCCCACCACAACCUGGCCCUGGAGCGGUCCCGCCGGCAGGAGGGCGGGGGCCCCCCGGGGGACGUGUGGCCCUUCGUGGUGGUCGCCGACGACUCCUGCGUCAUGUGGAACGCGGUGGACAUCGACGCGCGCGGCGGCCAGGUGGAGCACGGGGCGUCCCUGAAGCAAGUGCUGCAGACCAUGGAGGCCUGCCCCGACCUCGCCCACCUCGGCCUCUGUGGCCUCCGGAAGUGGAACAGCCGCGGACUCAAAGGUCACCGGAGCCGCGAGCCCUUCCACCGCGGCCAGCUCCACGACUUCCUGCUGGUCAACGUGGACCUGUGCCGGGACGUCCCAUACGACCGGCACCGCUUCAGCUGCCACGACGUGGACUUCGCCCUGCGGGCGCACAGCGCCGGCCUGCUGCUCUGCCGCUUCAACGGCUUCAGCGUCAUGAAGAAACAGAUCGCCAUCGGCGGGUACCGCACCUUCAUCAUCAAGACCAAGAUGACGGACGUGCCCACCUCCGUGGGGCCGCUGCAGUACGUGUGCGCCCCCGACAGCAAGCACCUGUUCCUGGCCACGCCCGCCCGGCUGCUCCUGGAGAGGUACCUCCAGCACACGGGCCACCAGCUGUUCCCCCUGGGCACCCGGGGCCACGCUCACCCCGUCCUGUCGGUGGACUGCUUCCUCAACCUGGGGCCCGAGGUCACGGUGUGCUUCGUGAGCUCCAGGCCCCACUCCCUCAACCUGAGCACGGCUGGGCUGCUCUUCAGCGGCCUCCUGCUGUGCUUCACCGACUCCUGCGUCACACCCUCCUUCCUCAAGAAGUUCACCUUCCUCCAAGGGGCAACCCUGUGUGUGAUCUGCGCUGACCGCAGCUCCCUGCGCCAGGCGGUGGGCCGUCUGGAGCUGGAGGACGAGUGGCGCUUCAGGCUCAGCGACGAGUUCCAGACCGCCAACGCCAAGGAAGACCUCCCGCUCUUCUUCCUGACCGGGAAGCACAUCUAGCUCCUCCCCCUCCACAUCUAGCUCCUCCCACUCCACAUCUAGCUCCUCCCACUCUUCUUCCUGACCGGGGAGUACAUAUCUAGCUCCUCCCACACCAUAUCUAGCUCCUCCCACUCCACAUAUAGCUCCUCCCACUCCACAUCUAGCUCCUCCCACUCUUCUUCCUGACCGGGGAGUACAUAUCUUGCUCCUCCCACUCCACAUCUAGCUCCUCCCACUCUUCUUCCUGACCAGGAAGCAUGUCUAGCUCCUCCCACUCCACAUCCAGCUCCUCCCACUCUUCUUCCUGACUGGGAAACGUAUCUAGCUCCUCCCACGUAUUCCCACUCACAUGUAUAGCUCCUCCCACUCUUCUUUACUGACCGGGAAAUACAUCUAGCUCCUCCCACUUCCAACCAUAGCUCCUCCCACUCUUCUUCCUGACAGAGAAACAAAUCUAGCUCCUCCCACAUAUACCUCCUCACAUGGGUAGCUCCUCCCACACAUAGCUCCUCCCACUCUUCUUCCUUACCUUACAGUGCUGCCCGCUGUUCAGAACUCCUCCCACAGCUAGGAACUCCUCCCACAUGUCUGGCUCCUCCUACAUCAGACUCCUCCCACUUCUGGCGCCUUCCAGCUCCUCACACAUCGGAAAACUCUCCCAUAUGACUCCUCCCACACUUGAUUUCUCCCCCGACCUGACUCCGCCCACUAGUGGGGGGACCCUGAACCGUGCCUUCUCUCUCCCUAAAGACACUCCAUGUGAAGGGGGGGAGGGACAGGGGGGAGGGGUAGUUCACGGCCUGCGCCAUGUGAUACCAUGGAAACCAUGAUUUCAUCAAAGGUGAGAUCUUAACAAAAACAUAAGGAUUCCUGAAGACUGCUACUUACCAGUGUACACACAUAUACACACACACACACAUACACACACACACACACACACACACACACACACACACACACACACACGUGUAUGUGGAAUUUCGAAUGACAAAUAUCAUGUGCAGAAUGCACACACACACACACACACACUCAAAACAUAAACACACAGACUGCUGUAAACACACGUGUCUGGUGUGGUCAUGUUCUUGCUAGACUGGUCUGACUGGUGGGCAGGUCCUUAGACCUGAAUCAGACCCCCCCCCCAAGGGAUGUGACAUGUGAUCUUGUUGACACGUUCGGUCGUCAUUCACACCUUCCAAGAAAGACGGGACCCUCCAUAUUGGCAAAGAAUCGGUGUCGAUAGGAGGAAGACCAAUUAUUAAUUAAGAAUUGUAUAUUAGGAUGAAUCAUGUUGACAUGUCCCUGCGAGUAAGAUCCCAUAUUGAAAAGAUUGAAAAUGAUUAAAACGCACACACAACUCACUAUACUUUAAUUAGUAGUUAAACUGCCAAUAUUUAAACCAUACAAUCGUGUAGAAAGUAUGUCUUGGUGAACACUUGACUGUUUAUCUACCAGUGAAACUGACAAUGAUGUUGUGUAGCUUAGGUUGAAAAUGAUACAUUUAGAUUGGUCCAUUCAAUGCCAGAUUAGCCCCUAGCAGGCUAACAUUGAUACCAUCCCUUUUUAAGAUGACAUUCACUAGCUUUUUUGGUCAGUCACUCUAGCUUUAAUUAGGCUAAACACAGCUCUUUCUACACAGAUUAACCUGUCAAAGAUAUUAAGGUUUUAUUAAUACCUUUGGGUGGCUGUAGUCAUUUAGUUAACAUUAUUCAGGGUUUUGCGGUGGGACAUGGCAUCAUGUGUCAAAUAUUUAUUCCAAUAACUCUGCCAUCUGCACACCUGGGAUACACAUCCAGGUUAUGAGGCACCCCCUCUUAGGUGUGAACACAAAAGUCAGUAUUAGCUGCUAUUUCUGGAGCAGUUUUUCUUCUCAUGUUUCUUAAUGCUGUUUUUUCACAGCAUUAAAAUCAUUUUUUGCAUUGUAUUUCGAUAGGCCUACAAUUUAUAUAUUCCUACUUGGUUUGAAAAGCAGGAAUAUAGACGUACUUAUCUACUUUUUGAACAAGGUUUGAAGAGGUAACUUUGAUAUUGUUAAUUUUGAAAUUUAACUCUGUAUUGGAAGCAGUUUACAAUAUGCUACAAUCGGUGUGCCUCCAUUUGUAUAAAUGUAAAUACUAUUUCCUCUCGUCUUGAGUAAUAAUGACAGGGACAACAGUUUGUUUUUUGUGCCCAUUUCUCCGCUGAAGGAUAUUUUAUACUGUGUAUGGUUCUAAUGACACUCAUUUGUGUCAUUACUAAACUGCUUUGCCUUCUCGAAUACCUCAGCUGAAUGUGUUGAAGCUGGAAUACAAUGUUUGUAAGUGUGCAGCCAAGCUCUGUAGGAUGUGUAAACACAGAACAGGGUAAAUAAAAAUAAAGAUUGCACUGUCUUAUAACAA